AUGACUCGCUCUCGACAACCGGCGCGGUUCUCGAGCGAAGCCCCCUCUGCGUCCUCUACCUCGACAUCGCCGGAACGUGCUGCCGACGAUGAUACCGACUCCUUCACACACCAGGCCAACGACUCGCAGUCGUCGAUAGGCGCCGGAAACUCGCGUGAUUCGACCAUGCAGACUGGCCACGAGGCCACACUGCCCCCGAUCGCAUACCUUCCGCCGGAGAUUCUUAUUUCCAUCUUCUCAAAGCUGAACUCGACAAAAGACCUGUUGAGCUGUUUGCUAGUGUGUCGGAUAUGGGCUGUGAACUGCGUUGGGCUGCUUUGGCAUCGGCCAUCCUGCAACAACUGGGAGAAUCUGAAGAAAAUCACGGCGGCUGUGGGGCAGGAGGACAGUUUCUUUCUAUAUUCAGGGCUCGUCAAGCGGCUGAACCUUUCCGCUCUCACUGCAGAUGUUAGCGAUGGCACAGUUGUCCCGUUCUCACAGUGCAACCGGAUCGAGCGUCUAACGUUGACCAACUGUCGCAAACUUACCGACAACGGAGUGUCUGAUCUGGUUGAGGGUAGCCGGCACUUGCAAGCCUUGGACGUCUCUGAUUUGGAGUCUCUUACCGAUCAUACUCUUUUCAAGGUCGCCGAGAAUUGCCCGAGGCUCCAGGGCCUCAACGUUACUGGGUGUACAAAAGUGACAGAUGAUUCGCUGAUCGCCGUCUCGCAGAAGUGCAGGUUCCUUAAAAGAUUAAAACUCAACGGUGUUGCACAAGUCACGGAUAAAGCCAUUAUGUCAUUCGCUCAGAACUGCUCAGCUAUACUCGAGAUCGAUCUACAAGAAUGCAAGCUAGUCACGAAUGCGUCAGUGACGAAUCUUAUGGCCACGCUCCAGAACUUACGUGAACUGCGGCUCGCUCAUUGCACGGAGAUUGACGAUUCAGCUUUCCUGGACUUGCCCAGACAUAUCUCAAUGGGUAGUCUUCGUAUCCUGGAUCUGACUGCGUGCGAGAACAUUAGAGAUGAUGCCGUAGAACGCAUUGUGAGUGCGGCUCCGCGCUUACGGAACCUUGUUCUUGCCAAGUGCAAAUUUAUCACGGACCGGGCCGUCUACGCUAUCUGCAAGCUGGGGAAGAAUCUGCAUUAUGUUCAUCUCGGCCACUGUUCUAACAUUACCGAUGCUGCGGUUAUGCAGCUGGUCAAGUCCUGCAACCGAAUCAGAUACAUCGACGUGGCAUGUUGCGGCCGUUUAACGGAUCGCAGCGUCAAGCAACUGGCUACGUUACCUAAACUCAGAAGGGUCGGUUUGGUGAAAUGCCAACUGAUUACAGACGAGAGCAUCUUAGCCCUUGCACGACCCCAGAGCUCAGAACACUCAACUGGGUUCAGCAGCCUGGAGCGAGUACAUUUGAGUUACUGCGUCAAUCUCACUCUGAGGGGAAUUCGCGCCUUGCUCAACAGCUGUCCUCGGUUAACACAUCUGAGUCUCACGGGUAUUGCAUCCUUCUUGCGAGAGGAGCUGACCGUAUUCUGCCGCGAACCCCCGCCAGAGUUCACCCGUCAGCAGCGCGAGGUAUUCUGUGUCUUCAGCGGAGAAGGUGUACACCUCCUUCGCGAGCAUAUCAACCAAGAAGCUGUCCCACAACGGGAUAUGAACGAGGCCACCAUGUACGACGACGAUGAGGAACUAGACGAGGAUGAGGGCCAAGUGACUGGCCUCAUGCACGCCGCUGCAAUUAACGACGACGACUACAUUGACAUCACCCCUCCUCAUGCCUGA